AUGCCGGCGGGGGCCAUGAAGAAGCGCGUCUUGACCAAGCAGCAGCUCGAGACGAACCGCGUGCGCUCCAAGCAGUACUACGAGGACAACCGCGACUCUGUCCUCGCCAAGCUUCGCACGUACUACAGCGAGAACCGGGAGAAGGAGCGACUCCGCCAGCGCCAAAAGUACAUGCGCAUGCGGGCGCGCAAGCUCGCGGCCAAGGCCGAGGGCACCGUGGCACCGGCGUCGCCGACACCAGGAGCUGCGUGCCGUGGACCCUUGUCCGACCCCUUGAGCAUCGCAUUCCUUCUCAACUAGUGGGUUUGUCUUAUGUCGACUAAUUUAACGUCUUGUAACAUCCUCA